UUCACCUUCAUUUCAUAUGCGCUUGUCUUUUUCCUUGAUGGAUAUCGGUAUACAGUUAUAACUGAGCCGCGUCAGCCAGAGCCAAAAUGUUAAAUAUUUAUAAGCUGUUUUAAGUUUUCUGUUCACAGCAGAAUGUCGUAGCCCAGUCAAGUUUUGAGCAGCACAAGAACGUGCAAGAACAAGGCUGGCAUAACCUAGAUCAGGCAAAAUUGAAGAAAGUGUAUUGAAAUUUAUUUGGCAAAUGGAGUAAGGUAAACAUGUCUCGAUACAGAAGUCAUCAGCGCCAAAUUUCAAUCAUGAUGGCAGUUAUUCUCUCGGGUUGCUUUCUCCUCCUUACACGAGGAGGAAUUUGCAAAUGUCACUCCGUAAUUCCACAAAAGAACCUGACGCUGUGACUGAAGAAGGUACCACCGCCCCUUACGGUUCCUUCCCAGUCGCGUACCAAGACGAAUCGAGGCUCUUAUCCUACGUCAGGGGACUAAUCCAUCCGCCAGCUCCUAAAGACGUCCCGUACAACUUAACCAGACACUGGAGGAGACACUUUUCUUAGUACAAUCGGAGCGUUUACCUCACAGAGGAGCUUCUCAAAGGGAAGCGCGACGGCAUCUUUGUCGAACUGGGGGCUUUGGAUGGUGAGACCCACAGUAACACGGUCUUCUUGGAAAGAGAAUUGGGGUGGACAGGGCUCCUCAUAGAACCUCUUCAGGAAUAUUUCAGGAGCCUCACCACGAAGGGGAGGAAGGCUUACUCCAUCAAUGCCGGAGCUGCGCUCACCAACAGAUCGGCCAUCAAGCAUCUGUACCGUUCCAGAGGUCUUUUACUUCUCACACUGUUGGACUGUGAACAGCUUCCCUGAGGAUAUUAUGCAGUUAGUACUUCAACGUUUAGGCGAAGAUGUAAUGCAUUACUACACUAGAACAAGUUCCCUACCUACUUUCAUCCGUGAUUGAUUUCAAAUGAAAACCAUAUUCUUUGGAAGUCUGAAUUUCAGAGAAUCAUGUCACGAUACAGAGGUCAGCAGCGCCAAAUUGCACUCAUGAUGGCCGUUAUAUUCUCGAGUUGCUUUCUCCUCCUUUCACGAGUACCUAACAGCCUGGACACAUCUCUCACAGAAAGAUACAUUACAAGAGAGCAAGAUAAACCAAUAACCAAAGGCAGACAGUACAGAAAGAGGGAUUUGCAAAGGGCACUCCAUAAACCUGCGAAAGAACCUGAUGGUGUGACAAAAGACAACACUGUCUUUUACGGCUCAUUCCCAAUCAUGUACCAAGACAACCCUAAGCUUGUAUCCUACGUCAGGGGGCUGAUCCAUCCGCCUGCCCCAAGAGAUGUCCCUUACAAUUUUACUAGACACUGGAGGAGAUACUUUUCCCAGUACAAUCAGAGCAUUUACCUCACUGAGGAGCUUCUUAGAGGGAUGCGCAACGGCAUCUUUGUCGAACUGGGGGCUUUGGAUGGUGAGACCCACAGUAACACGGUCUUCUUGGAAAGAGAACUGGGGUGGACAGGACUCCUCAUAGAACCUCUUCCAGAAGGUUUUAGGAACCUCACCAAGAAGGGGAGGAAGGCUUACUCCAUCAAUGCCGGAGCUGCGCUCACCAACAAAUCAGCCAUCGAACACUUCAAGGUCUACGAUUACAACUCGCUGGGGUUAAGCCACAUAACAAACAAAACAUCCAAGACUGUUGCCAUCAAGACUUUUCCACUCUACACCAUGCUCCUGGCUGUGAACAUCACCACCAUCGACUUCUUGUCACUAGAUGUAGAAGGAGACGAACUAAAGGUAUUACAAACAAUGCCCUGGGACAAGGUGCAGGUCAGGGUCAUGUGCGUUGAAAUCAACCACGUUGAAGGUGGCGCUCCUGCAGUGAUAAAUUACAUGGAGAAACAAGGGUACAUUCUACUAAGUGUUAGGUAUAUAGACGCCUGGUUUGCAAAGAAAGAACUUCUGGAAGAGACGAUGGGAAUAAAGCUCAUUCCGAACACUUUGGAAUACAAUGUGAUGAAAGAUUACUGAUGUUUGAUGAAUCGUUUAUUAUUUCGUGUGAACCUUUUUACAUACUUCAAACUUAUCCCACAGACGCCAACAACAAUAAUUUUGUUCAAUUAGGUAACCUUUCACACAUUUGAUAAUACGCAGUAAAUGUGCCACACUGUUGAAUUUCUGUUCCAGAUUCUUUUAUUCCUCACACUGUUGGACUGCGGAACAGCUUCCAUAGGGACAUUGUGCAAUUACAACAUCAAAGUUCAGGCGAAGAUGCAAUGGAUUACCAACCUAAAGCAAUUCUUGUAUUUUAAUAAUCUAC